AUGGAACGCUCCAAAAAGCCCUCAGCCAUCGGCGUGGGAGCUUCCCUCCCCCAGCCGACCGUCUCCGCCAAGCAUGGCAUCAUCGAAGCCAGCUUGCCCUCCGGCGAGUCCGUUGCUGUUUACCUGUAUGGCGCCACGGUCACCUCGUGGAAGGCGAAUGGCCAGGAACAGCUGUUUCUGAGUCAGAAGACUCAUCUGGAUGGCUCCAAGCCUAUCCGCGGUGGCAUUCCGCUCGUGUUCCCGGUCUUCGGUCCCCCGCCCCAAAACCACGUCACCUCGCCCUUGCCCCAGCAUGGCUUCGCUCGCAACUCGACCUGGGAGUUCCUCGGCAAGUCUUCGUCAGAGGCAGGCAAGGGCGAUCUCGCCGUCAAGCUGGAUUUCGGCCUGUCACAUACCAUGUUGAGCGAGGAGUUCCGGAAGGCAUGGCCGUAUGAGUUUGGCCUGGUAUACAGCGUCACUCUGACCAAGGGUGCGCUGCGGACAUCGUUGCAGGUCACCAAUGAAGGCAAGGAGAACUUUGAGUUCCAGGUUCUGAUGCACACGUACUUGAGCGUCGAGGACAUCUCCAACAUUCGGGUCAAGAACCUCGAGUCCAAGACGUACAUCGACAAGACCCGCAACGCGACCUCCCACACCGAAUCCUCUCCUGCGCUGGCCAUCACCGGAGAAACCGACCGCGUGUACCAGGGCCUGGACCCGGCCACGCCCAUCAUCGUUUCCUCCGCUUCGGAUGAUCAGCCUCUGUUCUCGAUCACCCGAGAAGCCCUCACCGAUAUCGUGGUCUGGAACCCCUGGAUCGAGAAGGCCAAGGGCAUGGCCGACUUUGGCCCCGAUGAGGCAUAUCAGAACAUGAUCUGUGUUGAGGCUGGCUCGGUGUCUAGUUGGCAGACUCUCGAGGCUGGUGACUCUUGGGAGGGUGGCCAGAGUAUCAAGUCUCGCCUGUGA